CUUACUCAUCGCGAAAGUUAGGUAUUUCUUCCAUGAUAAAAGCAUAAAUCGAAGUAAAAGUAAUCUAGAAAAAUAUAGCAAACGAUAAAAUUACCCGAAGAAAAAAAUUGUCACAUCGUCACUAAAAAACCACUUGUUGAAUUUCAACGUCCAAGGUGAAGCGCUAUCAGACAAUAACAAAAUAUUCUUCUUCGCAGAGCUGCGGAAUGCUUUAUUGUGCGUUUCAUAUUUCUCUUAUGUUUAUUUUCUUUUGCUGAAUGUCAUACAGACUUUAAUUAGCAUGAAGAGAAGAAGGGGAUAGCUGCGCAGAGAAACACACGAAUAAAUGUUCUCUUUUUCAGCAGCCAUGUUUGUGUACUUCGUUCUGUUUAUUUUCCAAACCGUAGAUGCAGUAAAGUUAUCUUCAAGCGAUGUUAUCGUUCGUUGUCAUGACAACAAAAUGGUAGUAACAAUUGAGCGGGAAAAGUUAGAAGAUAAAAAUAAUAACGUAUUUGCUUUCUCUGAUGCAAACUGUCAAGCUGAAAGCAACAAGACGCAUUUUGUGGCAACUGCUGCCUUUGAUAGGUGCGGAACAGUCACACAUAAAGAGAAAAAUGGCGUCAAACAUAAAAACAUUUUACGAGAAAUUACUCCUAAAACAAACGACAAAAAACUGCCUAGAAAUCACACAAAGCAUUAUUGCCCAUUUAUGGAUGUUUACGUUUCUUGUUGGAUUCCCCUUAAAUCUCGUGUAAGAGUUCCACGGAAUAUUAUAACAACGACUAGUGCCGAAAAAGUUGUGACGUGUAGAGAAAAAAUAGGCGUUGGUCCGCAAAUUGAUGAUGGGAUUUUAAAACGAGCGCGACUUUCAAGUAUAAAUUCUAUAUCAACAAAAUUGGAAACGAUAGCGUGCCCUAUGUUAAUCGGAAUUGGCGAAGAAUUAGAACCAGAUCGCGUGCUCACGUAUACCAAAUUAAUCUCGACCGAAAAAGUUACGAUCAAACGGAAAAUGGUGAAUUGCAAACCCCUUGAGCGUACUAGCAAAUUCAAUAUUCAGAUGUCAAUUUAUUCUGAUGCUACAUACACCGAGUUGUUGCUACUACAAGAGAAAGCGAAACGCUCCGACAGAUAUGAUGACGUAUACUAUGAAAUCUCGAUUAAAGAUCAUUUAAAUUUAAAUAUCGUUCCGACUACUUGUUACGCAACCCCAUACCCAGAUCCUAGUACGAAAAUGAAGUACACUUUUGUCAAAGACGGGUGCUCGUUAGAUGAAACCUAUAAGCUGUAUCCAUCCUUUAAUGGAAAAGUAAGGUUUAGCAUCACAAGUUUCAAGUUCUUGCAGUCAGCUUCCGAAACAUUUUAUGUGCACUGUAGUGUCGUGGUGUGUGAAAAGGAGAGCGGAGGAAAGACAUGCAAUGUUGGCUGCAAUGACAAACGUGCUCGAAGAAAGAUACGGGCAACAAAUUUCUCAACUGAUAAAAUUGUCAGAGAAAAAGGUCUUAGCGUAAAAGAUGCAGUAAAGUUAUCUUCAAGCGAUGUUAUCGUUCGUUGUCAUGACAACAAAAUGGUAGUAACAAUUGAGCGGGAAAAGUUAGAAGAUAAAAAUAAUAACGUAUUUGCUUUCUCUGAUGCAAACUGUCAAGCUGAAAGCAACAAGACGCAUUUUGUGGCAACUGCUGCCUUUGAUAGGUGCGGAACAGUCACACAUAAAGAGAAAAAUGGCGUCAAACAUAAAAACAUUUUACGAGAAAUUACUCCUAAAACAAACGACAAAAAACUGCCUAGAAAUCACACAAAGCAUUAUUGCCCAUUUAUGGAUGUUUACGUUUCUUGUUGGAUUCCCCUUAAAUCUCGUGUAAGAGUUCCACGGAAUAUUAUAACAACGACCGAAAAAGUUGUGACGUGUAGAGAAAAAAUAGGCGUUGGUCCGCAAAUUGAUGAUGGGAUUUUAAAACGAGCGCGACUUUCAAGUAUAAAUUCUAUAUCAACAAAAUUGGAAACGAUAGCGUGCCCUAUGUUAAUCGGAAUUGGCGAAGAAUUAGAACCAGAUCGCGUGCUCACGUAUACCAAAUUAAUCUCGACCGAAAAAGUUACGAUCAAACGGAAAAUGGUGAAUUGCAAACCCCUUGAGCGUACUAGCAAAUUCAAUAUUCAGAUGUCAAUUUAUUCUGAUGCUACAUACACCGAGUUGUUGCUACUACAAGAGAAAGCGAAACGCUCCGACAGAUAUGAUGACGUAUACUAUGAAAUCUCGAUUAAAGAUCAUUUAAAUUUAAAUAUCGUUCCGACUACUUGUUACGCAACCCCAUACCCAGAUCCUAGUACGAAAAUGAAGUACACUUUUGUCAAAGACGGGUGCUCGUUAGAUGAAACCUAUAAGCUGUAUCCAUCCUUUAAAAUCCUGGAAAAGUAAGGUUUAGCAUCACAAGUUUCAAGUUCUUGCAGUCAGCUUCCGAAACAUUUUAUGUGCACUGUAGUGUCGUGGUGUGUGAAAAG